UCUCAUUUUUUUUCCCUCCCCAAAAAUGGCAAAUUCAGCAAUAUUAACAAAUUACAACCCAAAAACAUCAUGUUUUAAAGGAAUUUCAUUAUUAUUAUUAUUAUGUGGAAAUCCAAGAAUAAAGCUUAUAUUAUGUGAAGGUGACACAAAGGUGAUAAAGGGACGUACAAAAAUCAAAGCAGGAGAAAUCAUGUUUGAGUUCCCUGAAUGUGUUGUUUGUCAUGCAGAUUCUUUCAUCCUCGGCCGUCCGAUCCCGGUCCUCGCCAUCCACGACUACCUCGUCUCCGGCCGUGCUUACUUCGUCCUCCCCCUCGACCGCCUCCCCGCCCGUGGUGGCACGCCACUCUCCGCCGCCUCGUUGCAAUCCCUCUACUCCCCUUCUAGUGGUGGUUGCCCUAGUAGUAACAACAAUAAUUGUAAGUUGUUGUUUAGUAGUGGUGGUGGUGGUGGCAAUAAUGACGUCAUUAAUGAUAAUAAUAAUAGAAGUCCUUUUGAUUAUAUUAAGGAUAAAGAUGGAAGAGUACUUAUGAUUAAGGUUGUUCCUGAGUUUAUUACAAGGAUAAUUAGUGCUAAUAAUGGUAACAAUAGUCCAUCUAAUUGUAGCCCUAAUAAUAGUGGUAAAUUACUUAUAUGUACCACACCGGAGUUGCAAAAGCAAUAUGAACAACUUGUUAGGGCAAAAGAUCAAGGAUGGUCUCCAAAACUUGAGACGAUUUCCGAGAACAAGAAGAUUAGGGCUUCUCCUUCUAAGUUGUUCAGGUUCGAGUGGGUGCAAAUUAAGCAGAUGAAAACUAUUUAGGAACAGAGGUAGUAUCUGUUAAUUAAUUAAUUAAUUAUCUUGCACAUAUUUAGUGUUUUUUUUUAGGAAAUAUUUUAGGGUGGUAGGAGUUUGGUUGGUAAUCUAGGUUAGAAUUAAGAUUGUUUUAUGUGAUUGUAUAUGAUGCAAAAUUAAUAAAAUAUUAAUUAGCAUCAUGAAA